AUGUCGUCCAAUCUCGCCAAGCAGCUCAAGGCGCUCCGGCCGCGUGACCUCCACUCGCGGGAGGGCAAGUCGGGCGUGCCGGUGUACACCUCGUUCCUCUUCACCAUGCGGCAGGCGGCUGAUGUGGACCUCGCCUCGCUUCAUUUUCUGGCCACCAAUGGUCUCGCGGCACUUGUUCGCAUUGAACCUCGUCUGGCAAAGUUUGAAGCCGUGCUCUUUCCCCGAGAGCUGACCCCGCUUCGUCGCUCGCUGCUGACGCAGGAACAAGCCGAUGAACUCGAUGGUCAUCUCGAGGAGUUUAUCGCUCUCACCGCGCCGUACUUUCUCCUCAAAUCAACCGGAAAAGUCCUCGAGUUCCUCAUCCGUCGCUACUCUAUCCAUACCCACAACGUCGCCGCCCUCGUCGGUGCCUAUCUCCCCUAUCACGCCACUCCGCUCUUUGCCCGCCUCGUCAUGGUCCUCAAUCUGGGUGGCUCAUCGGGCUCGGCCGGCAACCUGACCUCGGCCGCCUCGCCGCUGCGUCUUCAUCACGCCUCGCUCGACUUUGCCUGGCUUGUUGGCGUCAAGCGGAGCGGCGUCCCGCUGCAGCGCGCUAACCUGCUCAAGUGGCUGGUCAAGGACCUCGCCACCCUCAACUGGAUUGCCUCGGCCGUCACCCACGUCCUCUCUUUCGUUCCCGAUUGGUCCAUCGGUGCCUCAUUCUUCCUCUCGCUCCUCUCCGGCAUUGCGGGUUCGUCGCAGCGCCUCUCGGAGCGCAAGCUCGGCGUCCUCCUCCCCUCGGUCGUCACCGCCGCCACCUCGGCCGUCCCGGACCUGCAGCUCGCGGCCUUUAUGCUCCUCGCCCAGAUCUCGGCCCGAACCACGCUGGCUCUCACCGUCCUCGAGCCGUUCCUCACCCUCCUCGCUGCCGCGGUGCCCUCGGCCCACGCCCGCUACGCCAUGCACACCCUGGCUGUGGUGUGUGGGACUCAGGGCGUCCGCCGCCUUCCUCUCGACGCUACCCGCGCCCUCCUCCACGCCGACCGCGCCAUCGGCGCAGGCUCUGUCGCCACCCACCUCGUGGCCAUCGCCUCGGCGUCGGGCGGCUCGCUUGAGCUGGCCACAGCCCUCGCCUUCCCGCUCCUCGCCUCGUGCGUCGACGUCUACGCCGCCGCCCUCACCAACGCCAUGCCCGACGCCGCCGACUUGGCCUCGCAAAUCACCCCGCUCCUCUCCGACGUCGCAUCGCUCUUUCCGGCCCUCUCGUCGGCGGCCACCACCUCGCUUCUCGACCCGCUCUUUGACGCCCUCGCCGCCGCGCCGCCGUCAGCCGUCGCGCCAAAGCUUGCCACCGACCUCACCGCCGUCAUCUCGCUCUUCUCACUCCGCUUCGGCUCCGCCUUUGAGCUUGCCCUCGACGCCGCCAUGGCCCGCGCCCGCUCCUCGGAUGCCGCCGCUCCGCAGACGCUCUCCGCCUGGCUCGACCUUGCCAUGCCGUCCUCGCUCCGCGUCUCCCAGGUUGGCUCCGGCUCGUUGUACUACGCGCUCAACUCCGGCUCGACUUCGCUCCGCGUCGACGCCCUUGUCCAGCUCGCUGACCUCCUCACCACCGACGACCGCCUCGCCGACCUCCUUGCCGCCGAUGACGACUCACCCGACGCCAAGGAGCGCGCCUUUGUGCAGGACACCCUCCGCUCCGCGCUCGCCGAUCCGGAGCCGUCCAUCGUCGCAGCCGCCCUCGCCGCCGCCCCGAUCACCGCCCUCGUCCCCAUCACCGAGCUCGUCGCAACCAUCGCCGCCCUUCUGGCCUCGCCGCCAUCGGCCUGGUCGUCGGCCGACACCCGGUCUGUCGUUGUUGCCGCCCUUGCCGCCCUCGCCGACUCGGCCUCGCGCCUCGCGCCCGAUGCCCUUGUUGAGCUCGAGUCCGAGGACGAGUCGCAGGGCACGCUGCUUGUUGCUUUCCAGCUCGUCGCCGCCCAUCUCGCCGCCACCACCAAGUCGCCGGCCUCGUUUUCUGCUGCUCUUGCCGCCGCCAUGGCUCUCGCCGAUGCUGGCGCUCUCCCCGAGUUUGCCGGCCUCACCACGCAUGCCUCGCUCCGCAAGGCUGCCAAGUCCCCGCCCAAGGUGGCGGACUCGGCCGCUCUCGACGAUGUCUACGCUGUGCUCCUCGCUGGUCUCGCGUCCGGCCUCGCCGACUCGCCGCGCCUCGCGGCUACUCUCUCGUCUGCGGCAUCGGGCGUUGCCUCGCCGCUAGCCUGGUCGGCCCUCCCGCUUCUCCUUGCCGCCUCGAUUGUCACCCUCGAGCGGACCCGCCUCGCCCUCCUCAGCGCCGACUCGCCCGCCGAGGCUGCAGCGCUCCCGCGCCCGCAUCUUGCCACCACCCUCCUCCCGCAGGUCCUCGCGCUCGUCCGCGAGACCGUCACCCCGAACCUCGCGCUUGCCUCGCUUGAUGCUCUGACCGAAGACGAUCUGCCCCGCGGCUCGGCCACUGGCCGCCUCGGUGCCCUCGUCCGUACUGCUCUUGCCUCCCACCGCUCCGGCUGGCGCAAGGCCCGCGCUCUUCUCGCCGCCUCGGUCCUCCGCGCUGUCGCCGAAGUGGCCGACGGCCCGUCGCUCGCGCCAAUCUUUGUCGUGGUCUGCGCCACCCUCCCUCCGCGUCUCCACCUCGUUCUUGUCGCCGUCCUCCUCACUCGCGCCGCGCCCUCCGGCGCUCUCGCUGAUGCGCUUCCGUUCCUCCACGCGCCGCUUCAGCUACCAAGUCUUGUCGGCAUCGACCCGCGUGCCUCGCGCUCGUCACUCCAGCUCGUCCACAUCCGCGCUGUCAACCACGUCCUCGCCCUUCUCCAGGCACCGGCCGCCGCGGCUGGUCUGGUCUCGGCCAAGUUCUCGCCCAAGUCGCCGUCGCUCCUCUCUGGCCUUGUCGCGCAUCUCCUCAUUGCCGCCGCCUCAGCUUUUGCCCCGGUCCGCAGCCUCGCUGUCUCGGCCUUUGCCGCAGUCGCCGCUGCCAUUGCAAAGCCGCCGGCGGGUGCCGCAGUCACCGCCAAGCAAGCCAAGGCGCUUGCCCCCAUCGCCGCCCUCGCCGACGCGGUCAUUGCCCGCUCCGGCGAGAUUGCCGCCGACGGCGGCGUCCUCGGGCGAAUCUUUGCCGACGCCGCCGCCAACACCGUCGCCAAGUCGGCCGGCAAGAAGGGCCGCAAGACCGCCGAGGCUCGCCUCAAGGCUUGGAUCACCACUCUCUUCUCGGCCAUGCUCGGCUCUCAGCCGGCUGUCGCCCACCCUGUCGCGCAGGCUGUUCUGGUCCGGAUCAUGAUCGCCUCGCGCUCGUCGCUCGUCUAUGCCUCGGGUGGCUCCAAGCUCCUCGGCCAGCUUGCGGGCAAGGCCUCGCAGAACACCGAGUGGGACGCGUCGUCGGAGCUCCUCCUCGUCGAGUCGCUUGACAUGCUCGGCGCGCCCGGCGUCCCACAGCUUCUCGGCUCGGACCCGGAGCCGUUUGUCACUCUCUUCUCGGCCGCGUCGUCGGCCGCUGUUGUCGCCGCUGCCGUCAACGUACUCUCACAGCAGGUCCUUGACGAGCUGCCCUCUGACUCUCAGCGCGUCGCCGUUGUUCACGCCCUCAUCAUCGCCAACUCGCGCGCCAAGGCCGGCCAACUCGACGCAGCCGACGCGCACAUUGUCGUCCCGCGCGCCAUCCUCGCCCUCCUCCACUCGCUCGUCCUCUCCGCGCCGCUCCUCGAGGCGCUCAUGCGGGCCGCCGAGCGCUCGGCUGCUGACGCUUCGACCGCUCUCGACACUCUCGACGGCGAUGAUGACGCCGCCGAGAGCUCGGCGCGCAAGCGCUCGCGCCGCUCCGCUGACGCCGAGCCUGGUCACGCCGAGGCCCAGCUGAGUCAGCCGGCCGGCUCGUGGCGGGUUGUCACCCUCGCCAAGGUCCUCGAGUGGAUCUUUGAAAUCCGCGGUGUGAGCGGCUUCUCGCACCUUGUUCCGGUCCUCUUCCACCACCUCUCGUCGCUACUCUCGUCCAGCUCAGCGAGCAGCGCGAGCUCGGGUGCCUCGUUCGACGGCGAGUACACCAAGCAGCUCCUCCUCCGCGCGCUCCGGCUCUCGCUGGAGCAGGAUGAGGUGGUCGGCGACGAGGCGGCUCUGUCGGCGCUCGCACAAUACUUUGACAUCCAGAUCGUUGUUGCCGUCCUCCGAUCGCAGAGCUCGUCGCCAGCGACUCACACUCAUGCGCUGCAGCUCCUGGCCAAGCUCGCCCGCAUUGUGCCGGAGCGGGUCCUCCACACCAUCAUGCCGGUAUUUGCCUUUAUGGGCUCGUCAGCGGUCAAGCGCGACGACGCGUACACCUACUCGGUCAUCGAGGCCACGCUCCGCCAGGUGCUCCCGCCGCUCCUCGAAGUCGGCCUGGACGCCUCGGGUAUCCUAGUCAUCUUUGGCGAUGCUUUUGGCUACAUUCCGCAGCACCGCCAGCGGUUCCUCUACCGCGUCCUCGUCGAGACCAUCGGCGGCUCGGCGCUCACCUUCCUCGCCCUCUACUUUGUGCUCAAAGCCACGUCGGGCUCGGGCGACGAGGCCGGCGCGUUUUGGGACAUGACAUCGGCGCUGCUCCUCGAGUUCCACCCGCUCACUGCUCUCAACUCGCUCGCACAAGUUCUCGACGUUGUCCACGCGCUUCCCUCCACCAAGGCCGAGUACAACUCGGCCCGGAUGGCGGCCGAGGCCGAGGCCGACGACGACGCUGCCGCUCUCCACCGUGGCGAGGUUGCUAUGGUCGGUGGCGGCUCGGCCGCAUUCGACUACACCAAGCACAGCUUUGACGAUGGCCUGGCGCUCAAGCUCGGCAUGACCCGGUUUGUGGGCGAGUUUGUGGCGCUCGACGAGUUCCUCGAGGCCCUGGUCGACGUCGUCGACUCGGCCGAGGCCCGCGAUCUCUCGCGCGACGAGCUCGAGGCUGCACUGCAGGCGCUCUAUCGCUCGCUCUUUGGCCGUGGUCUCGAGCUUGUUCACCAGGCCCGGAGCGGGACCAAGGCCGGCGACAAGGCGCUCGCUGUCACCUGGAGCGAGCUCUACGGCCGGGCAGUCAACGUGCUCGACCAGCUCAACUCGCUGCUCUCGGUCGAGCAGUUCCUUGAGGUCACCUCGGCGCUCUUUGCCUCGGACGACGUGCUCAUCCAGCAGUCUGCACUCGAGCUCUUCAACGCCAAGAUCGAGCGCGAGAAGGGCGAGUUUACCUCGGACGAGCAGGCGAGCUUUGUGGCCACCGUCCCACAGCUCGGCGAGCUAAUCUCGCAGUCGACGUCCGAGUCGGCGGUCCAGAACGCGCUCUUCUCGCUCUCGAUCGUCACUCGCGCCUUUGGCCACGUCUCGCGCGAGGCCUUUGGCGAGGUCCUCCCGCUGGUGGUCGGCCAGCUGACCGGCGAGGCCGGCAGCUCGGGCGGAGUUCACAUGUCGGCCCUCCUCUGCGUCGCCUCGCUCACCGCCACCCUCGGCGUCAAGGUCCUCGCCCAGGUCCCGGUUCUCCUCCCGUGGCUCGUCGCCGCUCUGCAGGCUGGCCCGGACGCCGUCGCCGAGCCGGCCAUGGCCAAGCACUUCCAGGAGGCGCUCCUCACCGCCGUGGAGAUGGUUGUGGCCCAGCUGCAUGCCUUCCUCAACCCGUACCUCAUCCCGCUGCUCACCGCGCUCACCUCGGACUACCAUCUUGGCAGCUCCAAGGGCGUCCGCGUCCUGCGGGUGUUUGGCAAGCAGGUCCCACCGCGCCAGCUCAUUCCAGCCCUCUUUGCCGCCUUUGCCCGCGCCGACUCGCCGGCCGCCGCCGUCGCCAUCCUCGAGGUCCUCGGCGUUGCCCUCGAGCACAUGCCCAAGAAGCGGGUCUUCGAGGUUGCUCCCGACGUCUUUGACUUUGUCCUCGACGCCUCGGACGCGCCCGCGCUCGCCGACGACACCCGGGAAGGCCUCCUCGCCACGCUCGUUCGGCUCGUCCUCCGCCUCAACGAGAAGACCUUCAAGCCGCUCUUUGUCAAGCUCUGCACUUGGGCCGAGCGCGGCGCCCGGACCGAGACCUUCCUCUCGUUCCUCGCCGCCCUCGCCGGUGCGCUCAAGUCGAUCUUUGUCCCCUACGUCCCGUCGUUCAUGGCUGUCGUCGUCGAGGUGCUCAAGCGCGGCAACGACGCCGACGCCGACGCCGACGAGGCGAGUCGCGGCAAAAAGCGCCGCAAGACGGCAGCCAAGGCCAAGGCCGUCGUCCACAGUAGCGGUGACACGUCGUCGGCCCGCGAGCUCGAGCUCGCCCUCCGCCUCCUCAAGCGGGUCUUCCGCUACGACGCUGAUGGCAUGAUGAACCGCGAGCGGUACAACGAGCUCUACCCGCUGCUCGUCGCCCUCGUCCCGCGCGUCGCGUCCGAGCGCGGCGACGUUCACCGCCUCUUUGUCGACGCCGUCGGCGAGCUCAUGGUUUGCGUCUCCAACGACGCCUGGUGGAAGCCGUUCAACUUUGAGCUGCUCAUGCAGACCCGCUCGCCCAACCCAGCCAUCCGCCUCGUCGUCGUCGAGGUCCUCAUCCGCCUCUACGCCCUCCUCGAGUCCGACUACCUCAUCCUCCUCCCGGAAACCGUCCCCUUCCUCGCCGAACUUACCGAGGACGACGAUUCCGAUGUCGAACGCAAGACUGCAGAGCUGGUCAAGAUGAUCGAGGCUGUUCUCGGCCACUCGCUCUCCAAGUACUGGUGA